GCUGCGUCUCCGAGGCACAACACCGCCAUUGUCGCGUCGCGCGCCAACUGAACAGGACGAGGACUCGCGCCUUAUUUGAAAAUAGAACAGAAUUUAUUUCAAAUAUUUUUUUGUACUUAUUUUUUUUUUUAAUAAAGGUGUGCCAGUGAUUUUAGAACGAUGAAGCUUUUAAGCAUAGUGGUUUGUUUUUUGUGUGUGAAUUUUUUGGCGGCUAGUGAGACCUACAAAGCCGGAGUGCUACAAAACAAAGAAAUUAAUGAAUUUACACCUUUCAUACAACAGGCUGGGCAAACGGGGGUAGACAUCUUAGUUCUCCCAUCGCUGCCAGGAUCUGCCGAUAAAUAUGAUGAGCUGGUAAGCUCGAUCUCGAAAACGGCUAGACAGGCUGGCGUGUACGUUGCUACACAUUUGUAUGAAAAGGCUAGAUGUGGCAUGGCGUAUGAAACUGUGAGGAGUAACCUGGUGUUCGAUAGGAAUGGAGAUAUUGCUGCUGUGUACAGGAAACCUCAAAACGGCAUCGCCAACUGCACCACCCCCCACUCGGACCUCGUCACGUUCACCACAGACUUCAGAGUCACCUUCGGCCUGGUGAUGGAAGAAGAUCUGGCUUUGUAUGAUGAAGAGCAUUUCAAAGGAGUCAAGAACUUUGUGAUGGCGGGAGAGUGGGAGUCUGAGGUCGCGUUUUUGAAUGCUGCUACCUUCGCUCCAUCCUGGUCUUAUAUCAUGAAUGCUAACGUGGUGUCAACUGCUGGCAUCUAUGCUGGUAAAGCUGGUCUGAAGAAUGGUGAAGAGUCACUGGUAGUUGCUGAGUUGAGCAAGAAUGGAGGCAGUGCUUCUCAAACGGUACUAUCCACCAAGUCUUCGACCUUCCAUCAAGCAGACCUGAGUCAAUACGUCAUCAGACCACUGGAUGUUGAAGCGAGUUCUAUGGGUUACAAGGAUACUGUCUGUCAUAGGAGUUUCUGCUGUGAAUUCUAUGUUAAGACUGCUUCAGCUAGCAAACACGAAGCGAGCUACAAGUUAGCAGCAUUUAAUGGCGUGCUUCCAGUCAGCGAUCACCACAACAUUGCAGCUGAAAUCUGUCUUAUUUCUGGAUCUGAAAAUUCAGACACAGUCUUCGAAAGAAUUUCCAUAACUGCCAAUUUCACGAAACAAAACUCCCAGUUCCCAAUUGUUCAAUCUACAGUACUGCCAGCAGAAAAUCUCAAAUUCUCCACCAAAGCCAGUGAAAAUUCACAACAGGUAACACUGGAAGCUGUCAAUGUCAAAAAUGUACAAAAUGUCGGAAUCUUUGGUAAAGAUAGCGCGGUUUUAGAAGAUAAUUAUGUAUAUGGAAAGAAAAAUAAUACGGAAACUGUUCAGACUGAUAUAUAUGAAUAUAUUUUCAAUGAGGAUGUUCAGGAAUUCUUCGAUUACGUCUGGAUACGGUUAAGAAUAUUGAUCGUAGUUGUGUCUAUCUAUAUUUUGGAAAUGAUGUAAGUUUGUAAUUUUUUAUACACUUUUGAAUUAUUUCAAAAAAUAUCGGGGAUUAUAAAUAAGAGAAUUUAACUAAAUGAUUGUUUAUUAAAAUACCUUUUUAGUUUAAAGGUAGUUUUUAAAUAAUGAUUAGAUAAGGUAUAUCUCUUUUAUGUAAAUGACAGCGGGUUUGUUUAAAAUUGAGCGAGUGUGAAGACUGCAAAAUGUACUAGUUCAAUGGAUUUGAACUCAGUGUCAUUAUUAUAUUUUUGUACCCAAUAUGUACUAUGAAAAUAUUGUUGAAAUCAUUUCCUGAAAACAAUGUUUUCAAAAUUACUUUUAUCACGAUUUUGUUAAAUGCCAAAUCUUGAUAAAUAUUGAACUUUUUGAUGAAUGAGUAAUCAAUUAAUCAAGUUUACUUCUGCAUCUGUUUUGUAUACUUACAGAUUUUUAUUUAUCUGGUGAUUUCAAAAUUUGUUACUGUAUAAAUAGCCAGUGUAUGCUAUUUUAACUAAAAAAAUAUGUGUCUCUUCAUUGUGCCAAGAUAAUAAGAUUAUUUGUAAGAUACUUAUUUAAUGGGCCAGGUUUUAAAUAUUUAAUAUAAAUGUGUGAGAUCUAGUUUAAAAAUAUCUGAGGAUAAUGAACAAUAAUCAAAAUUAAUUAACUUACCUACUUAUGAAUAUUUUUGAUUUUAAUUUCUUUUUUUAAUGUUUAUUGUCCUUUAAAUAGUACCUACAAAAUAAGGUUUGUUUUGUGAACUGAUUUGUGUACGUGAUUGUACUUUAAUAAGAUUUUGUCGUCGACUGUACUAAUGUCUGUACUAAGAAAAUAUGCUCUAUUUUUGUAUAGUUAAGGUCCAAGUUCCAACACAAAUGUCAGUUUUCUUAAAUAACUGUUUACUACGAAUUGUAAUGUUCAAAGUAAUUAGUUGUUUUAAUUUUGGCCUCAAUUAUAGUUAUAGUAGUAUAAGUGAGAAACGGUUUAAAUGAGUAUUAGCUAAUCGUGUGUUUGUAAAGUACAGUCGCGACAAACUGCUGUGAUAUUAGUUUUAUGCAUGAUUUUAAUUAAAUAUAGAAGAUUUUUUUAUGGAUAA